GAUUACGCUGCUGACCUCACUCCAUUCAGCAAUUCCCUCCUAUUAACGUGAACAUCACACAUGUCGUCCCAGGCCGGCGACGUCGAUAGCGUCGUGUCAGCCGUAAAAUGGAUCGGUAUCAUGUUAGGCGUGGCCGCCGUUGUGGCUGUGGCCAUCAUCGUCUACAUGUGCUGCUAUCGUAAGAACUCCACCGCGCAAUCGGAGCUCAUGGACGGGCUAUUGCGGCGCGAUCAACUCGAGGAGACGGAGCUCGAGGACGAGGGCAAAGGCUGGCAAUGCGUCGUAUGUGGUCUGGCCAACAGUGCCAAACGCAAAACUUGCCUCAUGUGCGGCACCAGCAUCGGAUUCCUCAUGACCGGAGAGCUGGGUCGCCGCAAAAGCUCUCGGAUGCUACUGCGUAACAACAGUCGUAGUAUCAUGGGAGCUGAUAUGGCUGGCGGGGCCGGAGAAGAGGAGGAUAUUGAGGCUUUGAGGUCUCGACAGCGCGCGCUGUUCAAGCGUCGAAUGAACAUGAUGGCGGCCAGGAAGAACCUAUCGCAGCGACAACGGGGAGCGUUCCGACGACGCCUCUGGCAACGGAAACAAAUGUCGGAUGGCAAAUUUCAUUGGGUCCGACAGAACAGCACCGACGUGGUGGAUCCUGUACCUGAAUUGCAAGAUGGAGAUGCUGCACAGCCGACACUACAGUCGACGGAAGCAAAGUCGCUGGCUGGACCGAACGGAGAGAGUGUCACGGAUUACCACAAUCUACGCUCGCAGGGCUUUGUGUCAAUGUACGACGCUUCCGGACGCUUGACGUGGACCAAGGCAGAUGAGGUGUCCAUUGACAUGGAAUCGUUUGACAAGAUGCGCAACGGAUUGGAGAAAAUGGACUUCGAAGGCGUUAUGGCUCUUAGUUUCCGAAUGAAAAAGCAGUGGUUCUUGGUGCAAUUGUCCCGCAUUGCCACUCCCGUGACCGAAGCCGUCGCUAAGCUAACGGUGACGAGAGAGCGGAUUAUCCAGCAGUCUUUGCAGCUCGCUGAGGCAGCACCCGAUGCGCUUCAUGCGUAUCUGAAAAUCACCUUUGAAGGAGAGCCUGGUAUCGACGCGGGAGGGUUGCUGCGUGAGUGGUUUGGAAUAGUCUGCAAGGAGAUUUUCAGUGAGAAAAUGGGUCUUUUCGUCCCCACGAAAGGCGAAGACAUGAGCUAUUGGAUCGAUCCGCUUUCUGGCGAGAAGAACGAGAGCCACUUGAAGCUGUUCCGUCUUGCUGGUAUCUUGAUCGGCAAGGCGCUUUUCGAGGGCCUCGUACUGGAUGUGCACUUGGCUCUGCCACUACUGAAACAUGUGCUGGGUAUUCCGAUUUCGUUCUCGGAUCUUGAAUUCCUCGAUGAAGAGCUGCACCGGAACUGCAAGUGGCUACGUAGCAACAAUCACGUUGAGGCGCUAUGUUUGACGUUUAGUGUGAUGCUUGAGAACGGUACCGAGGUGGAUCUCAAGGAAAAUGGACGCAACAUCGACGUAACUGAUGAAAACAAGGAGGAAUAUCUACGCCUUAUUCUCGAACACCGCAUGCUUGACAGUAUUGCUGACCAACUCCAGGAAUUCCUCAUGGGUAUCUACGACGUGGUUCCCAAGGCCUUGCUAUCUGUCUUCGACUACCAGGAGCUUGAGCUUAUUCUGUGUGGCAUCCCCACUAUCGAUACUGCGGAUUGGAGAACACACACUCAUGUUCGCUACAUUAAACCCGAGGAGAAUAGGAAGGGAAAGAUCACGGUAGAAGAGCAGAAUGGAGUACUGGAGUGGUUUUGGAUCGUUGUCGAAGGUCUGGCUCCAGAGGAGCGUGCGAAGCUUCUGCAGUUUGUCACCGGUACCAGUCGUGUGCCUGUGGAAGGUUUCCGCGGACUAAUGAGCUCUAGUGGGAUUAUUCAUGAGUUCACGAUCCAGUUCGUGUCACGAGGUAAGGAGAAAUCCGACUUGUUCCCCAAGGCACACACCUGCUUCAAUCGACUCGACUUACCUAUGUAUCGUGACAUGGAGGAGCUGGAAACGUACUUGACUAUGGUCUCUCAAAUGGAGGUCUUCGGCUUUGGUCUCGAGUAAGUCCUGGAUGCGAAUUAAUCAAUGUAAAUAACACCUCGCGAGGAGUAGCGAGUUAUCAACACCAUCUUCGCAUUACUUAGCCUGCUCUUUUUGCUUGGCGAUAUACGCUGCAAUAUCCCCUUGCAACAUUUCCUG